ACCCUCACCCUAAACCAAUCAAUACCAUAUGCUCUAAACCAUCAACACCUUAUAACCUACCCAGAUACCAUAUACUCUAUACCAUCAACAACCUAAUACCCUAAGCAGUCGGUACCCAUUUCCUUUAACAUCAACACCUUAUACAACAAUCGUAUACCUAUACGCUGAUAAAAUUUUACAUUUUGAAAAUACUUGCCCAACUAAAGUACAUAGGUACUUCAAAAGUGAAAUUCUAACUUUCGUUUCAAAACAUAAAUUAAAAAAAUAUCUUCACUCAGUAUCCAAUCAAAAGCCUCUAAUUAGGCUACAAGAGGUUUGUUAUGUACGAGUGCAUUGCAUAAAGAGGGGCAAUCAGUGAGAGAGUGGAAUAGGGCAAUUAAUGAAGAGUUAAAUUGGGUGCGCUAUCAUUUACCAAAUCCCAAAAAAAGAUGGAACACAUAAUUAUGUUUGAAUUGUGUGAACUCAAGGCAUGAUCAGGAUUUUAGAAGCAGAAGCAGAUGAAAAUAAAAUAUAAAAUCAAGUAAAACAAAGAACCGCCACUGAGAUAGACAAUUAUCAAAGGCCCAGCCUAAUGACAAUCCGGAACUCAGUAUCUAUUAUCAACAAACUAGGUGCCAUGGGUCAUGUACAAGCCCACUUUUGAAUGUUAUUUAAAAGCCUACAAAAAUCAAUAAUCAGACCCAGUCCAACUAGAAUUAGUCCUAAACGCACCGUUAAUACAUAAACACAAAUUAAGGAGACCUCUCCAUCCGAUUCGAAUCAAAUUCUGUCUUCUUCAUCUUCUUCCUCAAUCCUCUGGGGCGAGACGGACACUACAUAUCAGGAAACCUUAAUUUCACCGAGAGAUAGAAGUUAUUUUGCAAAUGAUAGUAACGGUAAGACAAGAUGACAAAGCACUAGCGACAUGAACCCUAGGGUUAGCAAACCUCUUUCAAGGGUUCUUUUGCAAAUGAAAAGUUUGAUGAACACAAUAAUAUACAUGGUCGACGUAAUCGUGUUAGAAAGAGAUAGGUGAGUAAAUUCUGCCUGGAAAUAAAAUGGUGAGGAACAAAAUGUCGAUUUGUGGAUACAAAGAUUUGGGGUUCAAAAUGAUGAUUAUGUGAGGAUUUCAUAUAGGAUGGGGAUCUUCUCUUCGAAUGUGGAUACAUAGAUUUGGGGUAUGAAACAUGAUGAUGUUAGGGAUUUGAGACUGGAUAGGGAGCUAAAUCGAAUGUGGAUCAAAUAAUAAAAGGAUUUGGGUUUCGAAACGAUGAUUUUGUUGGAGAUUUCAGAUUUGAUAAGCAGCUUAUGAUCGAACUUCGAACUAAGAGGGGACCCUCCAAGACGAAUGAGGGAUCGUAGAAGGGAGACUGGAAAUUGGUUAGGGCGGCGAGUCGUAUCCACAGGGUUUAACCUCUUAAUCGAUAUAAUUAAACCGGGUACAGUUAGGUUGAAGUCCAAUGAAAAAAGCUUUAAUUCUUCGUGAUGCUUUUGGUAAUUUUCCUUGCCCCCGGUCUUCCGUACCCAGAAUUUUGCCCUGGGCACUCUAGAACUGCCCACAUAUAUAUAUCAUGCCUCCCUCCAACGCUGCGUUCCACUUUUCCCCUUCAGAAAAGACAAGCAACUUGGUCCUUCCAAUUCAAUAAUGCUCCCUCAAAUUGUGUCCCAUAAAAAUUCCGGCCCAAGACUUUUCUUUUGAAUUGUUGCGCUUUAGGUGCAGUUCAUGCUCGCCAUCUGCUACUUCCGAAAUCUACCUGGGUUGUCAUUUUUCUCAUCUUCGCCUAAAAACACACCAAAACUCUAAUACAAGAUGAUAAUGACUUUUCAACCAUUUCAAGGUUAGUCAAUCCUAAAACCAACAUUAUAUGUCUCAAACAUAUCACCAAAUAAUCACAUUAAGCACAUAAUAUCAAUAUGUUCUUGACAAUUAUGACAACCCCACACUCAAUACUUGCUUGUCCCUAAGCAACAACUCAAAAGACACAAACACAUAAGUAUAACCAUCCAUAACAAUGACACACCACAGACUCACCACUCAAACACUCAAAACAAAACAAAAUUUUCCUUGUACUCUUGUUGUAAUCAGUAGUUUCUUUCUUAAAGGACGAGUUGUGCUUUAUCAUACCUUUCACCCCACACUCAAGGUCUUGCAACCCUUUAACAUUGACGGACUCAAUUCCACCAAAUACUCAAUUAUCAAGCACUCAAUUUCGAUCGUCGGUAGUGAGUGAUUAACAACUUAUGGUGUAACAGUUAUUCGGAGAAUCUAACCACGUCAGUGAGGUGCAUAUCUCGUUAGGACAGUCUGGCUUACUCACAACAAUCAUAAGCAAUUAACUAAGCAUGAGUCUAAAAAACAAAUGGGGGAAGCUUUUAGCAAACUUGGUUUUUACUUUAAGCACAUCACUACCUUUCUGACAAGGAGAGGCUUUCUCUCUUUCUGAUUUUGCUUGCCGAGUGGUCGUAUUUAGUACAAGUGAGAUUUGUAUCUUACUACCUGCUUGACCUAUUUCUCUACGUCGGAGGAAGAUCUCUCAUCUGAUGACCCUGAACAAGAAGGAGUUGCUCUCGAUGUGCGACAGCAACAAAAGAAAUAAGAUUAAAAAAAAACACACACACACAGAACAGACCGGACGCAAAGAAAAGGGCCAUGAUGAUGAUCCUAUGUUCGCUUUCGCCCUGCCCCGAUGAUGCGCUCCUAGCUCGCGGAGUUACAUACCAGAAAAAGAAUCUCUAUUACUUUGAGAAGAGAAUCGUUGGUUUGAUCGACGAACUACGUGGGAAAUACGAGAUCCUUAGCAUUGACCGAUAGUUUGCCUCUCUUUUUGGAAUCAAUUGGUUGAUUGAGUUUUGUUAGCUAACAAAACCACCCAUUAAUGAUGUUGUUUCCAGCCAAAUUAAUACGUUAGAGCUCAUAUACUGUUGGGGGUAUUAUGAGCGAGGCCCAAUGGGCGGCGGUUUGGGCUUCCAAGUAACAGAAUUGGGGGGCAAGGCCCAAGCAAGGUGGGGGACACAUGAAGACAAGGCACUAGAAGCCAAAGGAGGUCAGGCUGUCAAGAGAGGCCAGGCUGUCAAGUGGUCCAUCGUCUGCGGGCGCCUGUCACGUGCCAGAAGCCUGACAAGGCAGUUGGGAUAUCUGACCAGAAUAGUACAAGGCAUUAAAUGGAGAUAGUGACGUGGAGGAGAUCAACCUCGAACUCUGGUGAGUAUAAAUAGGGGCAGUUGGUAGCAUUUACACAGGUGGGGUUUUCUCUCACUAAACUCUAGCUUUGAGACACUUCUCUUUCUAGAAACUAACUUGGGCGUCGGAGGAUUAACGGGCCCAGGCGCCCCCUCUGUGUUCGUGUGUGUAGACAGGCGCCCUGCCGUAGUGGGUUCGCCGUACUGGGGUAUCGCGUCUCAAACAAUUGGCGCGCCAGAUAGGGGAAUUAUAACCAGGAGUCAUGAGUGAAGAGGCUCCGAUGAAUGAAGAAAGAGAGGAAAUUACAGAGGAACAAUCGGAGGGGAUGAGAGGGCAGACGCCCGAGAUAGAUGAUGGCGAGGAAAGUGAUGGGAUGUUUCGGGGGUCUGAAGGCGCCUCGAUCACUAAAAAGGAACUGUUUAGGAUCAUCGAGGAUCAGGAUGAAGCGAUCGAGGCGCUUCGGCGAGAAGUGGACGUCUUGAAAAGGAGUGAAAGGAUGACGCCCAGCCCGACGAAGAAGAGGGAAAGAACGGCAGAAACGGAAAGUGAAUCCGGGUGUCUGAGGCGUCCAAGCUUGUGGCGCCCACGUGAUCAUGGAGGGCCGGAUACUAACGGGUGGAACGGAGGAAUUCUGGGGCGCCUAUCACGCCGAUGCCCCGUGAGGCAGCCCCUGGCACGUAGCAUACUGGAGGAGCCCGCAGGGACCAACAUUCCCCCACUUCCCACCUAUGACGGGACCGGGGAUCCCGAGGACCACCUUAACGGGUACUUCACCAAAAUGCAACUCUACAACAGCACAGACGCCACCUUGUGCAAAGUGUUUCCGUCCACCUUCUCGGGCGUGGUCCUCGACUGGUAUCACCAGAUCGAAGAGGGGCGCAUUGAUUGCUUUGAACAGUUUGCAGCGAUGUUUUUGGCAAAAUUUGCCAGCAGGAAGUGGCGCUCCUUGACCAUAGGCGCCCUGUUCAAAGUCAGGCAGAAGGAAGGAGAGGUUUUGAGAGAAUUUUACGAGAGGUGGCUAUCCGUGGCCCUAGCAGUGAAGGAUGCUCAGCCGUCAGUGUUGGGAGUGUGUCUGAAUGAGUGCACCACCAGCGAGGAGCUGUGUAGGUCGCUCACGAAGAGAGACGUGGUAUCCACGGAAGAUUUGGAUCACAGAGUGCAAAAAGUGAUCAUGCUCGAAGAAACACUGGCUGCUAGAGGGGCGGACAGGCGAAAGACAAGAGGAGAAGAAGUCGAGAUGACACGAAGGCCGUACCCCCCGAGCGGAUCAGGGUAUACGCCCGCAAGCCAUCCCCCGCCAAGGAGAGUUGAUGUGGGGCGCCCGGCGCCAAAGGGGGCUGGACACUUCGCUGAAUACAGCGACACUCUGAAGAACGUACUCCAGCACGUCAAGGAGAAGGGGUAUCAAAUCAGGUGGCCAGGCCCCAUGAGGGGAAAACCCAACGAACGGAACUUGGAUCGGUACUGUGACUUCCACCGUGAAGUGGGGCACCAUACGGCCGAUUGUUAUCAGCUGAAGACAGAGCUACGGGGCCUGGCCGACAGAGGGAUGCUUAACGACUUCAUCAAGAAGCCUGAAGAAAGAGUGCACCGGGCGUGCGUGGCUGGCGUGGUAAAAGCGAGGGAGGAGCUGCCACCCCCGCCCUACGACCUUGAUCAAGAGAAGGCACCCGAUCGCGUGCGUCUGACCAUCGAAGCCAUUUCGGGAACGAUGGACUUGAGGGAGAAGAUAGAGGCAAACCGCCGGUAGAGAGCGGCAUCGGCAGACGUGCAGGAGUCGAUCGAUAUCAGCUUCAACAAGGUGCCAGAAGAAGCAUGCAUGCUCCCGUCCAUGGACGCCUUAGAGAUACAAGGAGUAGUAGCCGGAUGCAAGGUGAGAAGGAAGCUUGUCAACACGGGAAGCUCCAUGGAUGUGUUGUUCAAAGAUACGGUGGUUCGCAUGCAACUAUCACCGGAGAUGAUCAGACCAUCGGAGUCUGUGCUAGUCGGGUUUUCAGGGGCGCCCGCCAGAGUAAUAGGGCGAGUGUGCAUGCCGGUCACCUUGGGAGAUGGGGAGCAAAGAGUGACGCGCGCCAUAGAUUUCGG